AUGAACACUUCUACCAGUGAACCGGAGAUGGAGAUACAGACAACAACGUAUUACUAUGAACAGUUUGAUGCAGCACCAUGUUCAAAUAAUGUCAAACAAUUUGCAUCCCACUUUGUGCCACCGCUUUAUUCCUUGGUGCUGAUAUUUGGCCUGGUGGGCAAUGUGCUCGUUGUGCUGAUCCUGAUAAAAUACAAGAGGCUGAGAAGCAUGACUGACAUCUAUCUGCUGAAUCUGGCAAUUUCCGAUUUGCUUUUUAUUUUUUCCCUGCCAUUUUGGGCUUACUACAUAGCACGUGAGUGGGAUUUUGGAAAUGCAAUGUGUAAAAUUCUUUCAGGGGUCUAUUUUGCUGGCUUCUACAGUGGAAUGUUUUUCAUAAUACUUUUGACAAUAGAUAGAUAUCUGGCCAUUGUCCAUGCAGUGUUUGCUUUAAAAGCUAGGACAGUUACCUAUGGCAUCCUCACAAGUGUUGUCAUUUGGGGUAUUGCAAUAUUAGCCUCUCUUCCAGGGUUUAUAUUUCAUAGUGUGCAAAAGGAAGGUCCUCGCUGGACUUGCAGCUCUCAUUAUCCAUCAAAUUAUGAAAAAGAAUGGAGGCAAUUCCUGAUUUUAAAGAUGAACAUCCUGGGACUUGUCGUUCCAUUUGUCAUUAUGAUCUUCUGCUACAUAGAAAUUAUAAAAAUAUUACUGAGACGUAGAAAUGAGAAAAAACAUAAGGCAGUCAGGCUUAUUUUUAUCCUAAUGAUUGUUUAUUUUAUCUUCUGGACACCAUACAACAUUGUUGUUCUCAUGUUCACUUUUCAAGAUUCAUUUUCCCUAAAUAACUGUGAGAGCAGCAGUCAGCUGGAGUUAGCAAUCCAAGUGACAGAAGCGAUUGCAAUGUUCCACUGUUGUAUCAACCCCGUGAUCUAUGCCUUCGCUGGUGAAAAGUUUAGGAAAUAUCUUUAUACCUUUUUCCAAAAAGACAUUGCAAUCUACCUCUGCAAACACUGUCCAGCUCUUCAUGGUGAUAAAUUAGAACGGUUUAGCUCCACAUACACCCCAUCCACUGCAGAGCAUGAUAUCUCCAUUGGUUUGUAA